CCCACCACAGGAGCCCAAGGGAUGCCACGAAUUCUGUUUGGAGGCAUCUUUGAGCUCCCCAAGUAGACCCCAUGAGCAAAGCUCACUCUCCUGAGUUGAAAAAAUUUAUGGACAAGAAAUUAUCAAUGAAAUUAAAUGGUGGCAGACAUGUCCAAGGAAUAUUGCGGGAGUUUGAUCCAUUUAUGAAUCUUGUGAUAGAUGAAUGUGUGGACAUGACAACCAGUGGGCAACAGAACAAUAUCAGAAUGGUGGUAAUAUGAGGAAAUAGUAUCAUCAUGUUAGAAGCCUUAGAACGAGUAUAUACAAUGGAUGUGUUCAUCAGAAGAAUCAACUGCUUCCACAUGUCCCCUCUC